AUGGCUCUUGGGAAAGAUGUGGAAACAAUAGCAGAACUUAUUACAAUGCUCGAAAAAAGAAACUGUGUAAAUGACAAAAUGGAAAGUGUUCUUGAAGAAAAUUUUAGCUGUUUUCCUUUAGAAUUUAUUGUUACGCACUUGAAAAACAGUGGUGCAAAGAAGCAAUCCAGUAUUCUUCAAGAUUUGGUGUCAUCAGUAAAUUGUGAACCUGACUAUCUACAAGAGGUUUUCAAGUAUCUGAAACAUAAUGACAGUGACAAACGGUAUCUUAAAGAGAGUGUACUUAUUUUUGAUAGUAUGUCAGUUAGGAAGCACAUUGUGUCGAAAAAAAAUUGUGCAGGCUAUGUUGAUUUGAGCAACAUUGUGAAUACAGAUGCAGGAGAACUGGCUACUGAAGCUUUAGUAUUUCAGAUACGGUCAUACACCGAAAUGUUUAAGUCCCCAAUUGUGUAUAUCUUUGUGAAUAAACUGUAUUCAGAUGUAAUAAAUGAAAUUGUGACAGUUUGUAUACUGACUGUAGGUGUUCUUGCGAGGUCAGUGACAUGCGAUGGUGCUGAUGUUAACAUUCAGGCACUGAAUGCGGAAAAUUUUGCUCCUUACUUCAAGCAUCCUGCUAAUGACUGUAAUGUUCAUGCAAUUCUCCAUACACUCUGUAGGCUGAAAUUAGUUUGUAAUACUUUGGUUGCAAAGAAAACUAUUAACUAUGAAGCUGGAGAUUGUGAUAAUUUAAAAUUUGCCAAUUCACUCUCUGGUUCACAUGUGAAUUUGCGUAGUAAGAAAAUUAAUGUCUCUUUAGCAGCCCAGACAGUGAGCUGCAGUGUUGCUGAUUCCAUUGAACUUCUAGAGAGUUCCCAGCACCCAGACUUUCAGGACGCCUCUGCCACUGUAGGAUUCACCAGAAUUAUUGAUAAACUGUUUGAUGUGUGCAGCUCUAGGAAUGUUCAUCCUAAGGGCUUUCAAAAACCCAUAGAGAACUGA